GAAGGGGCGCGGGAGGGGGGGGCCGGCGGUGCCGCGGGGGGGCCAUGGCGGUGCCGCCGCCGCCGCCGCCGGGCCCCGAGCAGGCCCCGCGGUACCAGGAGUGGAUCCUGGACACCAUCGACUCGCUGCGUUCGCGCAAGGCGCGGCCGGAUCUGGAGCGCAUCUGCCGCAUGGUGCGGCGGCGGCACGGCCCCGAGCCCGAGCGCACCCGUGCCGAGCUGGAGAAGCUGAUCCAGCAGCGCGCCGUGCUCCGCGUCUCCUACAAGGGCAGCAUCUCGUACCGCAACGCCGCCCGCGUGCAGCCGCCGCGCCGCCCGCCGCCGCCCGCCCGCCGCCCGCCGCCCGUCAGCCUCCGCGACACCGCGCGGCUGCUCGGCGGCGACGGCCGCCUCACCCGCGGCCGCCUCCAGGGCUCGGCCGCUCCCGGCGGCGGCGGGGGGGCGGCCGGGGCGGCCCCCGGGGCGGGCGGCGGCGGCGGAGCGGGCGGCGGGGCCCGGCCCGAGCGCACCCGGCUGGGCGCCAUCGCCACGGCCCGCGGGGAGCGCGGGAGAGCGGCCGCGGGGAGGGCUCGGAAGCCCCCCUGCAGCAGCAGCGAGGCCUCGGCGCGGGAGGAGGAAGAGGAGGAGGAGGAUGAGGACGAAGACGACGAGGACGGGACGGGCUCGGAGGCCUCGGAGGACGCGGGGCCGCCCCGGCAGCUGAACGGGGAGGGCCGGGGGGGGCCCCCCCUGCGCCCCCCGGGGCAGCCGCCCCCCGAGCGCCCCCCCCAGGCCAAGGCCUGCGCCCCGGGGGAGGGCGGCUGCCAGCACAUGGCCCCCCUGAAAAAGGAGGGGGCCUUCGGGCAGCCCGACAGAGCAGUGUCCCCAGCGCUGGCGGGGGCCGAGCCCUCGGUGCCGCUGUCCCCAGGCCGGCCGGGCCCCCAGGCUGCCGAGGGAGCCCCGUUCAGCUGCACGCCCGGGCGCAAGGACAAGGCCGUGGACCCGGUGGAGUGGUCGGUGCGGGACGUGGUCGAGUAUUUCACCGAGGCCGGGUUCCCCGAGCAGGCUGGGGCCUUCCAGGAGCAGGAGAUCGAUGGCAAGUCGCUGCUGCUGAUGCAGAGGGCCGAUGUGCUCACCGGCCUCUCCAUCCGCCUGGGCCCCGCGCUCAAGAUCUACGAGUACCACGUGAAGCUGCUGCAGCGCAGCCACUUCCAGGACGAGGAGCCCCCCCCGGAGCCCUUCCCGGCCUGAGAGACCCCCGGGGACACGGGGGGACCCCCAGGGACACCCCCAAAGCCCCGGGGACGCCCCCAGACCCGCGGGGACACCCCCGGAUCCGGGAGGGCUCCUCCCUCCCCGCUGCUGCACACUGAGACUUUGGGGGGUGGGGUCGGGGGGUCCCACCCCUUUUUGGGGGUCCCACCUCUCUUUGGGGGCUCCCACAUCUAUUUGGGGGGGUCCCACCUGUCUUUGGGGGGGUCCCAUCCCUUUUUAGGGGGGUCCCAUCCCUAUUUAGGGCGGCCUUGCCUCUCUUUAGGGUCCCACCUCUAAUCUGGGGGGUCCUGCUCUCAUUUCAGGGGUCCCACCUCGCUUUGAGGGGAUCUCAUCUCUGUUUUGGGGGGUCCCAGCUCUCUUUGGGGGUCCCACCCCUCUUUGUGGGGUCUCUCUUUUGGGGGGCACCCUUCUUUUGGGGGGGUCUCACCCUUGAUUUAAGGGGGCUUCUCUUUGGGGGGGUCCACCCCAUCUUUGGGGGGCUUCUCCUGGGGGACCCCUCUUUUGGGGGGGUCACUUCUCUUUAGAGGGGUCCUCCCUUCUCUUUGGGGGGGUUCCCCUCUUUUGGGGGGUUCCCCUCUUUUGAGGGGGAUCCCACACUCUGAAGGGGUCACCCCUCUAUUUUGGGGGUCUCCUCUCUUUUGGGGGGGUCACCCCUCUCUUUUGGGGGGUCACUCCUCUCUUUUGGGGGUCCCCUCUCUCUGGGGCACACUGGGGGUGGGGACACCCCGCUCCUUGUGGGGUCACCCCUGUUUUUGGGGGUCCCUCUGGGGGCGGGGUCAGCCCUCCUUGAGGGAGCCCCCUUUUUAGGGGAUCCCCCUUUUCUCGGGGGGGUUUUUACCGCGGGGGGAGGGGGUUGGGGGGCUCUGCCCGGAGAUGUUUUAACCUUCCCCAGCUCCCCCCCCCCAAAUUGGGGUGCGGCCCCCCCCAGCCCUUGGCCACGAGGGGGGGGAGCCCCCCCAAACCCCCCGCAGUCUGUGCCCCCCC